CGGGAAGAAGUGAUACAAACAACAAACAUGAAAUCCAGGAGUCAGGACCAGAGUUUGUCUGACUCCAGAGAGCUGGACAGAUCUUACGACCCGCUCACAGGUAAUCCACCAUCCAAACCCAACGAAAAGACCAUAAAGCAGCGCUUCCUCAAACUUCUGCCCUGCUGUCGCUCUGGCUCCAGCUCUUCCAUUACUCAAAGUAACAUAAGUGAUGAUGACGAACUGUCGACGGUGCGUUACCGACCGGAGAGGAUCGACCGCCUCGUACAGCAGACCAAAUUCACCAAGAAAGAGUUGCAGGUCCUCUACCGGGGAUUCAAAAACGAGUGUCCGAGUGGGGUGGUGAAUGAAGAGACUUUUAAAAGCAUCUACUCCCAGUUCUUCCCUCAUGGAGAUUCAAGUAUGUAUGCACACUUCCUGUUUGAAGCUUUUGACACCCACAACAAUGGAUCGGUCAGCUUUGAGGACUUUAUUGUCAGUCUGUCCAUCAUCUUGAGAGGAUCCAUCACCGAUAAACUCAACUGGGCCUUUAAUCUGUACGAUCUCAACAAAGAUGGCUGCAUCACCAGAGAGGAGAUGACAGACAUCAUGGGCUCCAUCUAUGACAUGAUGGGGAAGUAUACUUACCCCUGCAUGAAGGACAAUGCUUCCAAGGAGCAUGUUGACAACUUCUUCCAGAAAAUGGACAAGAACAAAGACGGAGUGGUCACCAUUGAGGAGUUCUUGGACACAUGCCAAAAGGAUGAAAGCAUCAUGCAGUCCAUGCACAUGUUCGACAAUGUGAUCUAAAUCUUUAGGAACUAGAUUUCUCUCUUCUGCGUGGACCUCAUCUAGUUCUUCAG